CUUUGAUUGUUGAGCGUCCUUUACUCUUACCAUACAAGGCAAUUCACCAAGCUUCCGAAGCCGCAUUGCUGAAACAAUGGCAGCGCCCGUAUCGAAACCAAAGUUACCUGUGGCAGUCGAGAAGCCAACGCCGUACACAUUUGAUCUCGGUCUACUUCUCGCCCAAGAUCCUAAUACUGUCACCCUGGAUCGCUCCGCUCUUGAAUCUUCCCUCGCCGAGAUCACACGGGAUGGCGCCCAAUCUCUCAUCAACCAACUUCUGACGACAUGUCCUCUCAAUUCCUCAAAGGAUGGUGUUCUCCUGACGCUGCCGCCACCAACAACCCGCCUUCCUCGCGAAAAGCCCGUUCCAGAUGCCAAACCACCGACCAAGUGGGAGCGCUUUGCUGCCAAGAAGGGAAUCAAGCCCAAGACUAGAGAACAGCGCAGGAAUCUCGCCUACGACGAAGAGAGCGGCGAGUGGAAGAGAAAGUGGGGUUAUAAGGCGCUGAAUAAGAAGGGCGAAGACGACUGGCUCGUUGAAGUAGACCCAAAGAAGGAAGCGGAAAGGAAAGAAGGCACAAGCAUCCGUGGCGACGGACGCAGGGAGAGGAAAGAGAGGCUGAAGCGCAACGAAAGAAAAAUGAGGAAGAACCAGCGGGAUGCUACGGCCAAGUCUGGCAUCAAAGGGUAAGACAGAAUCUGUUGGCUAUAUUUUACUCCAUUUGCAGUUUGCCCCGGCUGUGGCAUUGGUGGCUCGGAGUUAGGAGUUGCCAGGCAGUUACGACUUUGGGACUGGGGACAGUUCGGCCUCACACAACAUAAUCCAUUUUGCCAACUUUUGGGGCUCCGUGUCUUGACGUCAAUCCCCUUGAUUGCAGUCGUCCACGUCUCUCCAAACUGAAGCAUCCGAAAACUUCAUCUCCAACUCAGCCAAAACCUCAGUUAUUGUACAUCGACUCCGUUAUAAAAAGGAC